UUUUGGCUCAAAGAAUCGUCUUCCAGCAAGUCGAUUCUCUCAGUCUGUGUAGAAAAAGAAAGUGCGUUUGAGCAAUGGGGUGUUGCGCCUCGUCGAACUCCGAGGUGCCGGUGCCCAAGCCUCGCCGGCGCCUGAGCGUCGGCCAAGUGGAUGAAGCAGAGCUGCCGGGGGCGCAGGAUGCCGAGUCUGACAAGGACCGUGGUUUGAUUGCCCAGUUAAGCAAGAAUAACCUCAUCGAGAUGGUCUCAGAUGCUGAUACCGGAAAGGGCAAGAGUGGCCGCAGGGUUAGUCUUAGCUCUAAGACAGACAAGGGCACCACAUCCUUUGCCAACAAAACGAUGCAGAAGUUUGGGGACCAAGAUGUCGACUUGGCGAAGUGCGGAAUCGGUUUCACGUGCCGAAAGGGCUUGAAGCCGGAAAGCCCAAACCAGGAUUCCUGGUUCGUGCUAAAGAUGGACAGCUUUUCCCUCUAUGGUGUUUUUGACGGGCAUGGUCAGAAGGGCCACGACGUCUCCAACUUCGCGAUGGACAUGCUGCCGAAGUGCAUCAUUAAAGACGAGCGUUGUUUCACUACCAGGGAUUGGGGUCCGAUUUUGAUCGAGGCCUUCAAGAAGACGCAGAACUUCAUCACGGUCUCUGAUAAGGGAAAAGCCCUCCAAGCCCAAAUGUCCGGCACCACUGCCACGGUGGCCAUCCAUGAUCAUGCAGACAAUUCAGUGACCAUUGGCCAUGUGGCAGACAGCACCGCCGCUCUGGGGUCCAACCAUGGUGGGACCUGGAAUGGCGUGGCUUUGACCAGAGACCACAAGCCCAACCUCAAGGAUGAGAAGGCUCGCAUCGAGAAGUCAGGUGGCCGUGUGGUCUUUGACGGUUAUGCCAAUUACCGUGUCUAUGCGAAAAAUGCUCGCUAUCCAGGCCUCAAUAUGUCGCGGUGCUUGGGCGAUUUGCUAGGACAUGCCGAGUGCGGGAUGUCCUGUGAGCCUGAAAUUAAUCGAGUGAAGUUCGAGCCAGACAAGCAGUACAUUCUCUUGCUUUGCAGUGACGGUGUUUGGGAAUUUAUCUCCGCGCAAGAAGCCGUGGACACCGUCAGCAAGUUCAGUGCCGGCAAGGCUUGCAAGGCGGCGGACGAAUUGGCCAAAGAGGCAUGGGACAGAUGGAUCAAAGAGGAGGGUGGCAGCGUAGUGGACGAUAUCACCGUGGUUCUGCUUUACAUGGGCUUCCCCCCAGAGCAAAGUGAAUCCUGAGUGGCCUUAUCUCCGUGCGCAAGAGCGUCU